AUGCCUGGUAAAUAUGGGACUGACAUCACAGUGCCAAGUGAUCUGAUGAUGGAGAUUCUGAUCUUUUUGCGCUUCCGAGUUUGUGUCAAGAUGAGAGAUAUCAAGAUUUCAGGUUCGAGCUGCCUGCAGUUUCAAUUGGUGGCUCCGCCCAGCCAGGGCAAAUGCAGCUUCGAGAAGUCCGGCGAUUCAAGCGAGUGUGUCAAGUGCCAGGGGUUUAGCAGUCCUUUAAAUCUUCCUCUACGAUAUCAUUAUUACUGUUCCUCUAAGGCAACAAAUGAGCUCCACACACUGGAGUUUUCGGCUUCUUCAACAUUCUGCGACUGGAUUGAGCCACAUUUGAACACAUGGGAGCCCUGUGUGAAAAUUUUGGAUCCAUUCGGCGGAUAUGCCACUUAUUGUGGUACAGAAAGGAAGGUAAGAAAUGGGUUCUAUGAGAUUUAUUCACCCAAUUUCGUUUAA